AUGUUAGUGAGUCAUGUGCACCGACUUUCCGAAACCUAUAGGGAAUUUUUAGAAAAAUUGACGACGCAAUCUCUUUUGCUCGCGACAUAUCUGACAAAAGAAAACGACGGUGGAUUGAAAUAUGUAUGUUGUGAAGGGAAAUACUUUGAUACGUAUCUCAAGAAAACUGAUCGACUAUCUCCAACAAUGUACGUCGCUUAUGAAUAUCGCAAGGAUAACUGCGUGCAAAUGUAUGCGGCGUUUGAUGAUUUGGAUGUUGCACUUGAUUUAGUAGAUGGAAAGAUACUCAACCUGAAUGAGAGGAUCGCAGUGGAUUUUGUCAAUGUUUCUUAG